CCGCCUGUCACGCACCCGCAAGCGCCACAGAACAUAUAGUCAUGGAUAUGCACGAUGUCGCUUCCAAGGUGCAGACGCUCGUUGCGUUGCGCCACUUUGUGGCUGCAUUCGACGCGGGCCAGGUAGCCUCCAAGCACGUUCAGCUCCGCGUCACACCGGACUCUGUGGUUGAUGUUGCUACGCGCGAGACGCUAUUUCUCAUCCAGCACAAACAGUACUCGCUGCACCGCCAGCGCACGCUGCUGGACGCACGUAACGAGCUUCCUGUGGCUACAUUGCGACUCGGCAUGUUCAAUCGGACACCGACCUACAGUGCCUAUCCUUCGACGGAUCACGAGGAGACUCCUUACGCCUUCAAGUUCACCGCUGACGACACCACGGUGCGCUCUGAGUUCACAGAUCUGGUCGGCGGCCAGCACUGCACCAUCGGCUGCGAUCCAUCCACGGAUGGCAGUGACUCGCUCAACUUUUGGCUCGUGCGCGGCUCGGGCGAGACGACCGACGUACAGCAAAUCAUCGCCCGACUCAAAUAUACGCACAAGGACCCUAAGACCCAGGAAGGUCAGAGCGUUGUAGUGGACGUGGCUGCCGGAGUGGAUCGCAUGAUGAUGAUCCUUAUCUGCAUCGGCCUACUGGACGAGGGGUUUGAAGAUGAGCACACGCAGAAGUAGCUUCGCAGAUUGUGGCUCAACACGUACACUCCUUGUUGUACGUGUAAUAUCCAAAUUACAGACUACAGUACUUGUA